AUUCGAGAGACUGAGGUGAUCAACCCCCAGGACCUCCUAGAAGGCCGGUACUUCUCUGGAGCCCUACCUGAUGAUGAAGAUGCUGCAGGACUCGGGCAAGAAUCAGAUGACUUUGAGAUCUCAGGCUCCGGAGAUCUGGAUGAUUCCAAGGAGCCCAGGACCUUCCCUGAAGAGAUCCAACCCUUGGUUCCUAUAAAUAAUCACAUCCCUGAGGGGGCCGAGCCCGGGAGCCGCUUCCCCUCAGAAUCUAAGGAAUUGGAGGAGAAUGAAGUCAUUCCUAAGAGGCUGUCACCCUACGAAGAGGACAAGGAUAUGUCCAACAAGGUGUCCAUGUCCAGCACCGCCCAGAGCAGCAACAUCUUUGAGAGAACUGAGGUCCUGGCAGCUCUGAUUGUGGGUGGUGUGGUGGGCAUCCUCUUCGCUGUUUUCCUGAUCCUGCUGCUGGUGUACCGCAUGAAAAAGAAGGACGAAGGCAGCUACGACCUGGGCAAGAAACCCAUCUACAAGAAAGCCCCCACCAACGAGUUCUACGCAUGAAGCUCCCCACGGGUGCUGCUUGGACUUUAAUGGGGAGGGGAGCCAAAGGAUUGUGGAUGGUGGGCAUUAGUAGGAGGAGGGCACCUUAAUACUGACUUGUCAGUGUCUCCAUCUCUGGUCACCCUUCCAGUGUCAGAGAGACAUCAUCUUCUACUGUGCUGCCGCACUUUUCUUCAUCCUUUGGGCCUCAGUUGUCCUGACAGAAAAAUGGAGUUAAAUUUGGUCUUUCUGAAGGCAAGCCUGGGAUUGGGUCAUUUUUUUCAAAUUUCCACAUUAGAGUCUAGGAUCAAUUUAGAGCCUGUUUGGAACGUGCCUCAACUGGGACCACCUGGAAGCUGGAAGCGAAGGGGUUACUGUGGGAGUCCUGGCUAGCUGUGUCCAGGCUGCCUGAUCCCUUUGUGCCACACCCUGUCCAUCUGUCAUGGGGGAUGGAGCUAGAACCCUUUGCCCCUUGAGGUGUGCCCAUCUAUGGGUGCUCGUUCACACUAUGGAGUCUCUGUGGUAUACCUUGGGCCAUUCUAGGCUCUUUCAAGUGACUUUUGGAAUUCAUCCUUUUUUAUCUGGGGAGGGAAGGAGGGUGGGGAGAAAUACUUAAAGUUCACGCUGAAAUGGAUUUGUAGAAUAUUUGUAUAUCUAUUUUUUUUAAUGGUUCAUUCCUUUAUGCAGUGCCUGUUUCCUGGGCAAAGAGUGUGGAGAUGUAAAGAUAUGCUAUCUGGCAUAUUUCCACUGUACAUGCUAAGUUUGUGUUCAAUCGUUUUUAUGUUUUGUUUUUGUUUGUUUUUUGAAAAUAAGAGCUGGGAUAUGAUUUUUAUUAAUUUUUUUUUACUAUUUAUAGCUUCAGAUAGGGCUUCUUCUCUCCUCCUUUUUACAAAUAUUUCUUUGCCCCCCCCCUUUUUUUUUAAUAUUUCCCACUCAUUUGCUUAUGACUUUGGCCCUUUCUGAAGUUGCUUUGUCUAAGAAAUAGCUUUUGCUGAAACAUAGUAUUCUAGCAGAUCCCAAAAUAUAAUGUAGGGGAUGGCGGGGUAUUUGUGUAUGUGUUCUCAUAAUAUAUUAUUCUUACUUGGUUCUAGAAGAAUAGAUAAAUAUAUUUUUUUAGGAUAUAGUAUGAUAUUAUCAGUUUUAUGUUGGUUGGGUGGCUGAGUGAGUGUUUUCAUGUGGCUGGGUAGAUUUUUGCCCUCUUUUCCUGCCUUGUUUCUAGUGCCUUCUCUUGAUUGAGCCAGAGUAGUUGAGGGUAGCUGAUGCUAACCCUCUUUUUGCCUUCUGCCCGAGGCCCAGCAGAGGGAUUCUUGGGUUUCCUUUCUUCAGGCUCUCUGGAUGCACAAUCCAAUACAGUAACCACAUGUGGCUGUAUAAAUCAGGUCAGUUCUGAUCAUGUAGUUUUAAAAUUCAUUCCUCAGUUGUACUGGCCACACUUUGAGUGCUCAGUCACCAUCCAUUGGGCCCAUUGUUAGGAGACUUAAACUGGCUUAGUGAGUCAUUAAGCUUUCCUUGUCUCCCUGGGCAAAGGAAGGGGACCAGGAGGAGGGUGACAAGGCUCCCAAUGGGACCUGUUAUCUGAUACUCUCCCUCCCAUAGAGGAGAGACCUGGUAGCUUAGCCUAGGGUACGUGUGCAGAGAUCAUAUGCUCUUGCUUUACCCCGUGGCUUAUAAGCUCCCAUCACCACCUCAGUGCAGGAUCCCAGCUGGCUGGGUCUUCUUCUGGCACAGUGCUCUUUUCCUUGGGCUGUGUUACAAUGAGCACCUUUUCUGUUCCCCCCCGUCUCACACUAUUGUCUGUUACUGAUUUUUUUUUGAUAAAAAGAUAAUAAAACCUGGUACUUUCUA